AUGAUUGAUUUGUUUUUCAAAGCGCUGGUGCAGACGGGAAGCACCGAGAAGGCCUAUAGCACGGUCGCCAACGAGAUAAACAAAAGGAGAUUUGGGUUUGAUGACCGGUCGAUGAGCUACGACGAAGCGCGGAGGACGUUUCUCAGGGCUGUUGAUGCCGAGGAAAAGGUCCAAAGGCUCCGAGAGAUUUUUAGGGAAUAG